GGUCGUCCAAGGGUCGGACCAGCCGGGGAAGUCGUCUUGCCACCAGCCCUGUUCGCCGAACCCGGAGAAUCUUCCCCAAAAAUCCGAAGAAGAACCGAAGCUCGGAGUCUAUCGUCGAAGAACAUGCCGAGGGCAGUACUUAAGAGCGCCGCUCUUCUGACGCUGCGAGGGCAGAUGGAGAGGCGGCGGCCACCGUUUAUUAGGAGUUCCGCGAAAGCUAAAGAGUCAGGACGAAACGGAGGUAGUAAAAUGGAUCCUGGGUGCUGCGGAGCUUCGAGUAGCGGUGGUGGGGACAGAGCUGGUGACGAGGAUCUUUCUCCAGAAGUUCUAAUCAGGCAAAACUAUGAGUUACGUCAUCGUCUGGAAGAAGAAGCUACCAACUACAAGAAAAGACUGGAUACCUAUCGGCAAGCACAACAGCACCAAGCAGCUCUUGUAUCACGGUUACAGGCAAAAGUUCUACAAUAUAAACACAGAUGUUCAGAGCUAGAAAACCAGAUGAUUGAAUCCGUCCCAUGUGAAAGUAGAGUUUCCACUGCAGCAAUUCCAAGUUCUACUAUUUUGGAUGCUGCACAUCAGACACUUAGAGAAAUCCGAGAAGAACAAAUUCAAGAUCUAGAAACAGCCUUACACAAACUUGCUGACGAAAGAAAAAAGUGUGAUAAACUGUUGCAGAUAAAUACGUCUUUAAAAGAACAACUAGAAGAAUCUCAUCAGACUAAUGAAGCUCUUACUAACGAUUUACAAAAACUGAGUAACGACUGGGACCUUCUGCGCGAAGAAUUAAUUAUUAAGGAGGAAGAAUGGAAGGAAGAAGAACAAGCUUUCAACGAAUACUACACUUCGGAACAUAAUCGCUUACUAAAUCUCUGGAGAGACGUGGUUUCCGUGAAAAGGAUGUUUUCAGAAAUAAAAUCGGCAACAGAACGAGAUCUUUCAAAUUUCCGUCACAAAAUGGUUUCUACAGCUACUGACUUAUCAACAGCGUGUAAUGGUGUUAAAAUAGCUAUGAAAAUUCAAGCAAGUGCAGUGCAACCAUCAUACACUGGAGGUCAUGUACAACCACAGCAAGAUCAAUUACAACAACCUCAAGCUGCCACCGAAUCAAAACCAGAUACAGCGGUCUCGAAGCAACAAUUUGAUGCAGCGCAAAACGAAAUCCGCAUGAAAGACGAACGAAUCAAUCAACUGAUACGCGAAAUUCAUAAUUUGGAAGAGCGAUGUGGAGAAGCCGAAGCUGGAGUUGGUCAUGCAGUUAGGAUGCAAGAGGACGUUGAAGUUUUGCAAUCAGCGCUAAGAGAUAUAGCCCAUGCUGUUAUUCAAGAUGCUGAAGCGCGGGAGGUUGAAAACAUACAGACAGGUCCCCACAUCCACUUAUCACCGAGCGGUCCAGUUCCUCAACGAUCUCCGAAAAGAGGCACAAGAAGUAACACCAUUCCUGCCUUUGCAGAGAGCACGAUCAGUGCUGUUCAAGCGGCGCUUCAUAAAUAUCAACUCACGAUACAUGAACUUCAGGUGAAGCUGCAAAUGAAUAAGGAACAAUUGUCACUAACUAAGAAACAGUGCGAAAACGCGGAAGAAUGCUCUCAAGCUUUAGAAGAAAAAGUUGCAGAAUUGACCACUCAAUUGGAUGCAUGUCGAUCUCAUUGCACUCAACUCACUCAGGAGAAAGAAAUGUUACAAAAAGGCCUUGAUACCGUUAGAUCUGAAAAGAAUAACCUUGAUAAAAACAGAGUGGAAAUUAACAACAUGAUGGAAACAUUGAACAUGGAGUACGAGAAACUCCAAAAGGCUCACAGUAAAUUGCAAAAAAUGUAUGACAGUCUUGAAGAUGAGAAACUAUAUCUUCAAGGAGAGCUCAGCAAAUCUUCAAAAGAUUGUGAAUUACGAGAAAUAAAUCUUCGUUCAGAAGAAGAACGGUGCAGCAGAUUGAUGGAAGAACUUUUAACAUUACGCGAAGACUUAAAUAAAGCUUACCUAGCUAAGGAUAUGCUGGAACAACAAAAAUUAGAAGCAGAUACAUUGAUUUCUCAGAUUGAAAAAAGCAAAGGUGAUUCUGAUCUCGAAUUGGAGCGCAUACUUUUGGAAAAAUCCGACAUUCAAGAAGUAUUGGUAAAGGUGGAAGCUGUUUGUGCUAAUCACGAGCACGAUAAGCAGAGAUUACAAGAAGAACUGAAGAAGGUGGAAGAAGAAAAGAGCAAGCUCAUGUGUCAAAAUACCGAUCAGCAAGGAGACCUAGCUUCUUUGAGAAAAGAACUUCUGCAAGCGGAACAAAUACGAUUGGAUCUUGAAGCCGAUAAAGUAACUCUGACUGAAAAAAUUAAAUUCUUGGAGAUCGAAAAGGAAAAGGUUGAACUGGAAUUGGGACAAGUAACUAGAGAACGAGGAGAUUUAAGUAAUCAGUUGUCAGUUCUUGCCAGAAAGAAAGAAGCAUUGAAUGAAGAAUUAAUGAGAGUUAGACAGAGACUAGAACAAGCCAAUGAAAUGAAUGCUAGACUCAAUAGGAAUUUAGAAGACCUUGUAAAAGACAACGAAGAGAAACACAUGAUAAUAGAAACCAACGAAAAAGAACUACAGCGAUUGCAGGAACAGCUCUGUGCAGUACGAAGCGAAAAAGAAACAUUGGAAGCAGUGUUAUUUGAUACACAAACUAAUUUAGAAGCGACGCACAUAAAGAAGGUUCAGCUGGAAAAGGAUAAGCAAGACUUAUUGAUUAAGCAAGAGAGCUUAAAAGGACAAGUGGCUAGACUAACCAAGGAAUUAGAAAACAGUGAAAAACGCGCACACGACAUCAAACAAACACUGACUCAGCAAUGUGGAAACCAAGAAGCAGAAUACCAACAGAUAAUUUCAAAUAUGAAGAAACAAAAUGAGGAGAACGUUAAAAAAUUAAGCGAUGAGAAGGAACAAAUAAGAAUAUCGUUGGAAAAACGUCUUCAGCAGACCGUAUCCGAACUUGGCGGAGAAAAAGACGACGAAAUCGCUCAGUUACAACGGAGGAUAGAAGAAUUACAGGAACAUAUUGAAACAGUGUGUCAACAGCACGAGGAGGUCCUUCUCCGUGCUGAAAACGAUAAGCAACAAGCCUUGCUAAUGGCCCAUCACGACCAGCAGGCCUUAUUGGAGAAAUUAGAAAGCGUCUAUCGAGAACUGGAAGACGAGAAAGGAAGUCUCGACCGAUUACGAAGAGAGUCGACGGUACGUUCUGAACAAGACCGAAACAAUAUGAAUCAGCUCCGAGAUGAGUUAAAUCGCCUCCGAACGAGAUUGGAUGAAACCAAACUGAAAGCGGACGAAGAGAGAUUAAAACUUGAACUGAGGAUCGAAGAAAUUUCGAAAGAGCGUGAGAAUGUGCAGCGAGAAUCAGAAGAGCUUCAGGUACAACUACAAAUGGCCGAGGAUAAAGUUGAUAUUCUUCAAAACCAAUUCCAAGAAACAAGCAGAAAACUGAAAGAAUCUGAAAACACAACUGAAACAUUACGGAAAGAACUGAUUGAUGUUCGUCGGCAGUUAGCGGAUUCCAAAUUUGAAAAGGAGAAAUACAAUAGCAGUAACAAAGAUUUGCGAGAACACGUAAAACGUAUCGAGGGCGAUAAGCGAGAACAGGGAAGAGGCUUGGAAGAGGCACAUCAAAAGAUUGCAGCCUUGGAAGAUGUCAAGACUGCUCUUGAUUCUGAGAGAACACGGCUACAAACUCAACUGAGGGACAUGGAACGCGAAUCGUUACAACUUCAGCAACAGCUUCGUUUCACUCAAGAUGAACUACAAAAGGCUCAUUCUUCUAAUUCACAAGCUCAAAAUGAAGAAAAAGAACUGCAAGCCAGAUUAGCAAAUGAAACCGAAGAAAGAGAACGUCUGCAAUUGCAAUUACAUCAAAUGAAGAAACAGGUGGUCGAUUUGGACAACAGUUUGGAAGUUACACGCCAAGAACUUGGAAGAUUACGGGCACGUGCGGACGAGGAGGAUGAACGAUGGAGAGCUAGAGAACAAGAAUUACUCGUGAGACUCGAGGAUAGUCGAUGUCGCGAAAGAAAAUUGGAGGAUCAAAAGCAUAAUUUGGAAGUGUGUCUCGCGGAUGCAUCUCAGCAAAUUCAGGAGCUCAAGGCACGCCUCGGGGGAUCCGAGGGUAGAGUCAGAGCUCUGGAUGCUCAACUAUCACAAUUAGAAGUCGCCAAGAAAGAGGUAGAGCAAAAGUUAAGUAGCGUGGGGUCGACACUUCGUCGAAUCGCGGGUAUUCAGUUGGAUGGUAGUGUUAAUAUACCAUUCAAGUUAAUGAGUCCUUCCAGAAGGUGGAGUCCGGCUCGAGUUCAUCAUGAUCAUUGUGAAGCUGGACGUGAUAUUGUAUUAGACGUUGAUCCAGAAGCUGUAAGAAAAGGUGUCCGAUGUUUAAUGCAACAGGUUGCUCAGAUCGAGCGGGAGAGAGAUGACUAUAAAACCGAACUCAGUAAUUUACGCAAACAACUUGCGGAGGCGCACGAGAAUCAAACUAAAACAGAAUCGAAACUAACCAGCGUGCUAUCAAACCUGAGAAUUCUUCAGGAUGAAAAGAAUGUUUUAGACUCUAAAUUGACCCAAAAGCAAGCAGCUUUCCAAGCGCAGGCCGAAGCGUUACAACAGAAGUCUGGAGAAACUGAGCAUAUGAGAGAGAAAAUAACGACGCUUGAAUUGACCAUUAGUAGCGAAUCAGAAGGACGAGAGCAAUCUAAAGACAAAAGUGAGAAAAUGAAGCAAGCAAUUAAUAGACUGGAAAACGAGAAGAGAAGUCUUCAGGAAGAACUCUCAAGAAACGAGUCUCGAGCGACGAAGCUGGAGUUACAACGUAUGUCCCUCGAAGGAGAUCUUCAACGUUUGCAAAUGAUACUACAAGAGAAAGAUGCAAAUAUACAGAAAUUGCAAGAUCGAUCUGAUACACAAACUAGAACCAUGGUUAGUCUGGAAGAACGUUGUGCUUCAUUGAAGUCCACAAUAGAACAAUUGAACCUUGCCUUAGAAAGAGGUUCUUCGGGUGAAAGCGAGCUUAGGAGUGAAAUUAAUGUACUGCAACGAGCUUUAAUGGAGAACAAUACAACCCUGCAGAGUCAAUACGAGAAGGUCAAACAGCUUCAGAAGCAGCUUUCAAACGCUGAAAACGAUCGCCGUCUUUUGUCGGAACGAUUGGAAACCUCCCAGCAAACUGUAAUGGACUUGCGUCACACGAAUCAAACGUUGAACGAUCAAUUAUCUCGUUUCCAAACGGAUUUAGCAAAUAACGAAGUUCAACGAUCCGGUUUGGAGGCUCAAUUAAGACUAGCUACUAACUGGCCACAGGAAGGAAGUACCAACAAAGAGGAGGAAUUGAUCAGACAGUUGCAAUCCGCGCAAAGAGAAAAGAGCGAAUUGAAAGGCAAAAUGGACACUUUGUACGAUAAGGUAAAAAUGCUUGAGUCGGAUAAGCAAAAUCUAGAACGUCAGGCUUCUUCGACAAGACCCAGCAGCAUCCGCAGCAAGAGCUACGAGAGACCCGAAAAAGCGCAAGCGGAACUAGCCGGGUCCGCUGUCACGAUUGAAUGUUUCGAACAAGAGAACAAAGAACUUCGAUUGAAAAUCCGUAGAUUGGAGGCGCAAUUGGCCGAGAAGGAAGCCGAACUAGCGCGAUGCAAAGCGACGCAUAUUCAUCCUCAUAUGCAUUCUCAUCCACACUCGCAUUCACAUUCGCAUUCUCAUUCUUUAUUGGAUCUGACCAGUCGGGACAGAAGUGGAGAAGUGGAAAGACUUCGAGCUGCUCAGCUGCAAGCGGAGAAACUCUUGGAAGCCAGAGAACAGAGUCAUCGUCAACAGGUGCUCCGACUUGAAAAUCAGAUUCAGUUACUCAGGGAACAACUCAAUCAAGAAAUCAAACGUCGUCAACUAUACGUGUUGCGCAGCUCUCGAGCUGGCAAAGAGAUGCAGCAGUUACGACAAGCGUUAGGCGAUUCAUUGAGAACCGUUUCACAAGAUCCAUCUCUGGAUGCUAUGUUACUGGAACAUGAAGCUAGAAAAUUGGAUUGUACCCUCGCUACCAGUACCACCAGUUUGCCACCAUCAUUGGCAUUGCCUCCUCCGUCAUGUUACGAUAGACGGUCGCCAACUCCAGUUCAUUUGAAAUAGGUCUAAGAGUUGAUUCAAAACAAACAUCUGAAAAGGUACCGCAAAUUGGUACUUGCCAUUUGUAUGCAAAUCUCUAAUUGUUACAAACAAGAGUUCGAGAUAUCUCUUAUGAUACGUGGAGUUACGUAUAAAAUCAAGACAAAAUUCUCAAUCCUAUUUCGAUGGUUUCUUGGUUCGGAUGAUUUUUAUUACUUUUGGCCCGUCAUUGGUAUUUGAUUUAUAUUCUACCUUAAAUUCCCAAUUUCAAAAUUUGGAGUAUUUGUUCAUACAUCCACAAGAUUUUUGUUGAAAUGUAAUCAACACAGACGAAUGGUUUAUGCUUUAGAAAAUAUUGUACGCUAUCACUCGAAUCCUUUGUGUUGUUAUUUAUUAUUUAUUGUUAAAGAGCCAUUUGAUGUAUAGAGACAAAGACUACACUCUCCAUGCAGAAAUCGCGAUAGAAGAUUGAGAAAAAGUAUUGAAAACAUGUUUGUAGUUAUUUAACUCCAAUAUUUAUGGCACGAGUGACAUACACAGUACUUAUGAAAUGCUGCAGUAUUUUUUAGAAUUAUUUUCAACUAUUUUAUGUUUUUUGACAUGGAGUGAAAAUAGCAAAAUAAUUUUUUUUAGAGAAUGUUGAUGAACUAUGUGAAGUUCCAAUGAGAAACGAUAUAACUGUAGCCUUUACAUAAUCCGUCCAUAUUUAAUCUGAAAAUUAUCUGUUAACCAGUCGUAUACAACUGGCUAAAAUCGGCAUGGAUUUUAAUUUUAGGCCUUCCAAAAGUCCUUAUCAUUAGAAAUGUUUCGUAAUGUAGUCUUACAUAUGAUUCGUAUAAUGGAGAGCACUUGCAAAGCAUAUCAUAACAGUAAAUGCUAUGUUUAGUCUCGACACGAGACCAAACUUUAUCGUCAAGUGUGAGAAAUUUAGAGAAAAGCUUUCGAUUAACCACGCUAGAGCCAGGCAUUGAAAUCAAUGCAUCACUGAAGGUAGAUAAGAAAUAAACCAAUAGGUGAAUAGGAAAGAGCAAUAUACACGGCAGAGUGGAUUGUGUCAAUUCUCUAUAAUUGAGAAUAUAGACAUCCAGUCCAGCCGCGUAAUAAAUUUAUAUACCUAUGCUGUCCAGCCUACGGAUCAUAAAUGAUGAAACUACAUGCAAGUCUCAUUUAUAUUACAAAAUUUAGUUUUAAAGUUUCUUCGUCAAGCACUUACGUAAUACAGUGCUCUUUGUGUAAAAGAGUAUUAUACUGUUGUAAGAUUCUAGAGAAAAUUGUCCUAUACAGGAUUUUUAGAACUUUUGAGACAUUUUGCCAUUGACCUACCGGCAAUACGAAAACGUACAUAAAGCACAAUUAUCGUUUCAAACGCGUUUUCUGAUUACAGGUAGUAAACUUUUAAAAGAAUUUUUUAAUUGAUUUACAAAAAUUAUAUAUACACACAUUCACUGCGACGCGUAUACACUUGUGUUCAUUGUUCCUCAACCAUUCCUAUAAUUGAAUGGUCAAGAACAAAAAUAAAAAGUUCGACUACCUUUCGCGAAUAUUUCUCAGCGGUUUACUACGGUAAGCGUACUAUACAAACGGGAAUAAGUAGAAACGGUAGAUUCGAUGAAUGACUACAGAAUGUCCCAAUAGGCAAUAUUUUAAUUUGAAUGUACAUCACACAAUAUCGCCGUUUUUGUCUGUAAUAAUUAUUUCUCCCCGAUUCGUUUUUACUAGAAAGUAACCAUUGUACUAGUCAAGCGAUCCUAUCGAACUAUUUUUAAUUAAGUCUCACAUGGGUUCAAUGUGUAAUGUAAAACAUCAAUGUGCAAAAUAAAAACGAC